CAGAUUGGAAGUUGAGCUUCAACUCGAGACACGUCAUGUCUCAUCGCGCAGGCAGCGGCUAAUAACUCUAGGCCAACAGUUCGGAAGCUAGAGAGGCCAUUGUUAUAAAGGCCCUCAAAGCCCACUCGUGCACAAGUUGAAGAGUAUAGGCCUUUUCUGUCAACCAUCAUCUGAGCCCAUAGCCAGUCUAAUCAGCACUCAAUCAGGCAGUCUUUCGUGAAGAGUCACCUGCACAAUGCUAUCCAACAAAGAUCAUCUGUAUGUUUCCCUAUAUGCUCGCGGAGGCAGUCCCACAAUACCAGGCAAGGAAGACAUCAUGCUGCUUGUUCAUAUCAUGGUUGGAAAGGUAGCAGAUGGAAAUCACCUAGUUGAUAUUUUGCAGAACACCCCCAUUCAACAGGGCCAAGCAGGUUGGAACUGGCUCAAGGCCAGCAGCAAGGCUCUGGGCACGAACGUCAUCGAGUGGGAAAGGGUGCGGAACGAGGCGAUGAGAUAUUGUCAGCAGAAAAAAGAUCAGCACCGUUUCGAUGGCCAGGGCAAUUUUGAUACGAGCAAGGCUCCAACAUAUGACUUGGUGGAGCGGAGGGAGGUAAUCGGAUAA